GCUACUGCUUGAUGAGAAAUAAGAAAAUAGAGAAAAAAAAUGGGUGGAAAAGAUUAGCUUAAUACAGCGCGGUAAAAGUAAUUAGAGGCAGAUAGUAAUAAGUGAGAGAGACGGGAGGCAAAAAAAAAAAGAUAAAAUAAAAACUCUCCCUUCUCGUCUCCGCUCGCGUCCCCCGUUGCGUUGGCCCCCCUCUCUCUUCGCCUCGCCCCCGCGCGGCCGCACCGCUCGCCUGAGAUCCGCGUCGGCGCUCGCCGUCUCCGCCUCCGAUCUCCACAGGGCGGGCGGAGGAGACCGCAUAGGUGGGGGGGAGAUGGCGGCGGAGGAGGGGGCGAGGUCGCCGACGAGGAUGCUGGCGGAGGGGCACCUGCGGGUGGCCACCGGCGGGGGCGCGCCGGCCGACGGCGGGAUCGCCGUCCGCCACCUCCCACACCACCACGCAUCUAAGAGAGAAGGUGCUGGUGGGAAAAAUGAACAAUACAACCUUGAGGAUGUAGAUUCUGUACCAUCUAAGAUGUCGAACAAACUAGUUAAUGGGAACAAUAAGGUUCCUGCUACAUUAGAUGACUAUAAAAGGCUUUUAGUUCCUGUAAUUGAGGAGUACUUUAGUACAGGAGAUGUGGAACUGGCAGCUUCUGAGUUAAGGAGUCUUGGAUCUGAUCAGUUCCACAGUUACUUUAUCAAGAAGCUCAUAUCCAUGGCAAUGGAUCGUCAUGACAAAGAAAAAGAAAUGGCGUCAAUUCUGUUGUCUGCGUUGUAUGCGGAUCUACUAGGCUCUUCCAAGAUGAGUGAAGGUUUUAUGAUGCUUCUUGAGUCAACAGAAGAUCUAUCUGUCGACAUACCGGAUGCUAUUGAUGUCUUGUCUGUUUUUGUUGCUCGUGCUGUUGUGGAUGAAAUACUGCCUCCUGUUUUCCUCACUCGAGCCAGAGCACUGCUUCCUGAAUUUUCUAAAGGUAUUGAAGUUCUGCAAGUUUCUGAGAAAAGCUACUUGUCAGCCCCCCAUCAUGCUGAGCUAGUUGAGCGCAAGUGGGGUGGGAGCACUCACUUUACUGUGGAAGAGGCGAAAAGGAGAAUCCAGGAUAUUCUGAAGGAGUAUAUUGAGAGUGGAGAUAUUGAUGAAGCUUUUAGGUGUAUAAGGGAGCUGGGCCUUCCAUUUUUCCAUCAUGAGGUUGUUAAACGCGCUCUCACCUUGAGCAUGGAGAAUCUGUCAUCACAGCCAUUAAUCCUGAAGCUGUUGAAGGAAUCAACUGCAGGUUGCCUGAUCAGUUCUAAUCAAAUGUCUAAGGGUUUUUGUCGGCUAGCAGAGAGUAUUGAUGAUCUGAGCCUUGAUAUUCCUUCUGCCAAGAUUCUCUUUGACAAGCUGGUUCUGACUGCUACAUCUGAAGGAUGGCUUGAUGCUUCAUUCACUACAUCUUCUGCCCCUAAUGAAGAUAUGCGAAAUGCAAGUGGUGAAAAGAUCAAGCAUUUCAAAGAAGAAUCUGGACACAUAAUCCAAGAGUAUUUUCUCUCAGAUGAUGUCCCAGAACUCAUUAUAAGCCUUCAAGAGCUUUCUGCCCCAGAGUACAAUCCUAUCUUCCUCAAGAAGCUUAUCACCCUCGCUAUGGACAGAAAGAAUAGGGAGAAGGAGAUGGCUUCUGCCCUGCUUUCUUCACUCAGCUUGGAACUUUUCUCCACUGAUGACAUCAUGAAGGGAUUCAUAUUGCUCCUGCAGUCAGCAGAAGACACUGCCCUCGACAUUGUGGAUGCUCCCAGUGAACUUGCCCUCUUCCUUGCCAGGGCAGUUAUUGAUGAAGUUCUGAUUCCACUGAAUUUGGAUGAGAUCGGUAACAGGCUUCGCCCUAACAGCAGUGGUAGUCAAACUGUCCAGAUGGCUCGUGCCCUUCUUGCUGCUCGCCACUCUGGUGAGAGGAUACUGCGUUGCUGGGGUGGCGGCACUGGCUGGGCUGUAGAAGAUGCGAAGGACAAGAUCGCAAAGCUCCUUGAAGAAUACAAUACUGGCGGUGACUUGGGGGAGGCUUGCCAAUGCAUCCGUGACCUUGGAAUGCCCUUCUUCAACCAUGAAGUGGUGAAGAAAGCGCUUGUUAUGGCAAUGGAGAAGGAGAAUGAAGCAAGGAUCUUGGCUCUGCUACAGGAGUGCUUCGGUGAGGGGCUGAUAACAAUCAACCAGAUGACAUUAGGCUUCACUCGCGUCAAGGAAGGCCUCGAUGAUCUGAUCCUCGACAUCCCAAAUGCACAGGAGAAGUUUGGAGCAUAUGUGGAUCUCGCAACUGAACGUGGAUGGCUGCUUCCACCCUUCGCCUAGGCGGUUAAACUUGAUGAAUCUUCUCAAUGUACAUCUCCACCCCUGCUGUCUUUAGCACCAUACCAAAAGUUUUCCUGUUCCUAGUGUACUUGUUGUGUUACCGUAUACCGGAGGAUGAUAGGUUGGUUGGCCGUGUUGGUACUUGUUGAGGUAGUGUUCAUCAUUGGUUUGGUUUGGGAGUUUAUGCCCUGGGAGAGUUAUGAAUAACCAUAUCGUUUCAGGUUAUGACAUGCUAUGCAAUGAACAAUAGAGCUGUUCAUGACCAGUGGAAUUUUUGUAAUUAGCUGGCGAUGGGCUUCCAGCUUCUGAAGCUCCGUCAUUGUGAAUGUGCUUGCCCAUCUUUGCUGCUUAAAUUUCAA